AUGAGACUAUUGCCAUUCAUUGGAGCUGUACUCAUUGGUGCAGGAAGUGGAUACUACAUAUUCAAUGAUGGAUUGAGACAGGUAUCCAAUGAGCUGAAAAGGGAAAGAGAGGCUACCUUGCAAUCAUCAACACAGACACCAACAUCAACAACAACAUCAACAAGCAGCCAGACAACAACAAAGAGCACAACGGAUAAG